AUGCGUCAGGGAGGAGUGGACAUACCACGUAGAAGAUCUGCUGCAGAAUCAUUGAACAAUUUUUCGAGCUCAGUGGCAAGAUCGGUGAAUUAUCUCUCCCAAUCCUUUGAUGCUAACCAUGCAAACAUCCAUGUCCAUCUUCCGGAACCGGAAUAUGGUUCUGAAGUGUCACCAUUGAUUGAGACCAACAGCAAUGCCAUUUAUGAAGGUCCUGAAUUGACCCCGGUUGCAAGUUAUGAGACGGCUAUAUUGCUACUCAAAUCAAGUCCAAUACAAACUGUUUUUAAUUCAAUCAAUGUACUUAUUGGAUUAGGAAUUUUUUCAAUUCCAUUGGCGUUUCAUUAUUCUGGAUGGAUCUGUGGCUUUCUGAUUUUGACGUUUUCUGCAUUUUCAACCAAUAGGACUGCUGUUAUAUUAGGCGAUAUAAUGUCGAGACAUUCACAGUUACGCAGUUAUCAAGACAUUGGGGUUUAUUGUUAUGGAUCCAUUGUAGGAUUUAUGAUUGUUAUAAUCUUUGCCUUUGAUUUAUAUGGAGCAGGCAUUUCAAUGGUUCUAUUAUUUAGCGACUCCCUCAAUGCAUUGAUGGGAUGGGAUAAGACCGUCUUGAAGAGUGUGUGUUGUUUCAUUUUAAUGGUGCUCAACUUUAUGCCCUUGAGGAUCCUGUCAUUUCUAUCUUUGAUGGGGAUCUUAUGUACGUCAAGUACAUGCCUCAUAAUCAUACUUUCUGGAUUUGUCAGAAGUGAACACCCGGGAUCGUUACUUGAUUACAUGCCAACCAACGUGUGGCCUGUUUCUACUACUGGACUCUUGUUUUCCUUGGGUUUAUUUAUGGCACCAUGGGGAGGCCAUGCUACCUUCCCGGAGAUAUACAUUGACCAAGAGGAGCCCGAGAAAUAUGGCAAGUGUAUGAGUGUUUCGUUUGGGUUUUCUUACGCCGUUGAUCUUCUGACGGGGAUUGUUGGAUUUCUAAUGUUUGGAUCAACCGUCCAGGGAGAAGUCACCAACAAUAUACUUAUGGGGGACUAUCCGAAACUGCUACAGCAUUCUCUUGUCUUACUGAUGGGACUGCUACCCAUUUCAAAAUUACCUCUAAUGUCUAGACCCAUUCUAACCAUUUUGGACCAGUAUUUUCCGGCAAUUCUUGGUAGAAUGAUUUUGAGUGGCCUCUAUCUGGGAGCAGCUUGUGUCUUCCAAGACUUCUCCUCGGUGGUGGCACUCUUGGGAGCAGGUGUUUGCUUUACCGUAUGUAUUGUGCUGCCCUCUAGUUUUGCCAUUAGCGAAGGUGGUGGAAAGCAGGGGGAUUCCAGUAGAGGCUCAUUUUAUCUUUGGUGGGGGCUCAUUGUAGUUGGUGGAGCAGGAGCAAUCCUAGGAACACUUGGUGUACUAUUAAGAGGUUGA